UUCGAUGAAACAUUGACUGUUUUACCAACGCGGAAUUCGAAGUUCGGUCUUGACGCUCGCAUCACCUUAAUAGUAUUAUUUAAUAAUAAUUAGUAUUUUUUUUUGGAGAAAUGGACACAGUUCGACCAUGUGGUUGUAAAGGAAUAAGAUCCUGUCUUCUUUGUGAAGCGGAAUACAACAUUGUGAAACCUGAUUUUAAAGCUUAUUUAGAGGGAUGUUCGAGUUAUGUUUACUGCCCGCAUUGUGAUAAAUCUUGGCCCGGAUGGGAUAUUGAUUUAUAUAAAAGCCAUCCAAAUCACCAGGGAGAAGCCAUAGAAUUUCCAGGUGUAUACAUACAGUUAGGCUUCCUGAAUUCUUGUGAAAUUGCUUCAUUGGUGAAAGCACUCGAUGAUAUUCCUUGGGAAGCUUCACAAAGUGGAAGGAGGAAACAGAACUUUGGUCCAAAAUGUAAUUUCAAGAAAAGAAAGCUUCGUUUGGGUUCUUUCAAUGGGUUUCCAAUAUCCACUCAAUUUGUGCAAGACAAAUUUUCUAAAGUACCCAUACUUAGUGAUUUUCAAACAAUAGAACAGUGUACUUUAGAGUAUGACCCAUUAAGAGGAGCUUCAAUAGAUCCCCAUAUUGAUGAUUGCUGGGUUUGGGGUGAAAGAAUAGUUACUGUCAAUGUGAUGGGUGACUCAGUUUUAACAAUGAGUCCUUAUCAUGGCUUAGAUACAAAGUACAAUUUGAACAGUAUUACAGAGUAUUCUACAACAUGCAAGGAUUUGAAAUUUGAUGUAGAAAAUGAAAGAAAUAAUGAUAAAGAUGUAAUUGUAAGGCUUCCAAUGCCUGAGGGGUCUCUCAUGGUUCUUUAUGGUAGUGCAAGAUAUAAGUGGGAACACUGUGUCUUGAGGGAAGAUGUAAAAUCUAGACGAAUUUGUUUGGCGUAUCGCGAAUUUACGCCGCCUUACUUAAAUGAUUUGGUAAAAAACGAGGAAGUUAAAGAGAUUUUCAAACGAACUUUAAUCUUUCAAUGACAUACAAAUAAAAAUUAAAAAACAAUUUAUUCCAAUAAAAAAAAAAUUGUAAGAAAUAUUUAAGUAUACAUUUUAUUGUAUUUACAGAAAUGUAUAUAUUAAAUCUUCAUACACAUUACCUACAAUUGCAGUUCUAUAUAAAAAUAUAACGUAGCAUAAGUUACAAUUAUUAUUAUAAAGAAUUUGAAGUCAUAGGAUUAGCUAUAUCUAUAAAAUUUUAAUGAGUAAUCUACAAAAGUGAAUAAUAUAGUUCGAUCACAAUGUAGACUUAGUAAUUUUCAAAAUUGUAAACGAUCGAAAUACAUAAAUACUUUUAAAAAAUGAAAAAUAUUAUUAGGGAGGCGAGAAUAUUUUUAAAAACUGGUUAAAAAUUCUUAUGGUAAGAAAGGAUACUAAGCGUUCUUUAAGGUUUCAGCGGGGGACAUGUAAAUAACUGGGAAUGUAGUGAAAGGAUCUGAUUUUCCUAAUGGUUGAUAACCAUUGACUAAACUUUCUCUUAAUUCCCAUUUACGCCUUUCCCUCUCGGUUUUCUGCCUUCUGAUUGCUCGGCCUAACAUGCAGGCAAACAUUAUUCCAGUCAACUGAAAAAUAAAAACAGAAUGUGAAAUUCAUUUUAUAAUCUUAAAAUCCUGUAAGUUAGACAAUAAUUAGGGAAAUAUAAACCUGAAUAAGAGCGAUGGCCACAGCGCCGGUACUAAUAUACAGUGCACUCCUGUAAAUAAUAACUGAAAGGUGUUUAAUACAUCCAGGUGCAUAAGGAGCAAAAGCAAUUUCAUCGUUAUCAAUUGUAGAGGUAGUGUUUUCAUUAAUGUCUGCCCAUGGUCGGCAAGAUUUUGGGAGAUCCAUAUGAUUUUCUUUCAUAAUUUCCGUCCAGUCUUCGUAUCCAUUAUAUCCACAGCAGUAAAGCUAUAACAUAAUGAUAUACGUACACGAAAAAUAAAUAAAGAUGUAAUUUUAGAGUUUUAUCUAA